AUGGCUGAACAUCGACGUGGACGACCUCGCCUUUAUCAAAAUGAUAAUGCAGCCCCACAACAUGGGAACGCUAACCCACAACCGCCGGCUCAACCUCCUACUGGAGACAAUUUGACAGCUCAAGCCAUCACUCAACUCAUGAAUUUUCUCCAACAACAUAUGGCAUCAAACCCCAACGCACCUGAAUCCCAUGAUCGGGCGUUGGAAAGAUUCUUGCGUUUCAACCCCCCAACCUUUCUCGGUGAACCUGAUGAUGCCAAGGCAGAGUAUUGGCUUAAACGAAUUGACAGUAUCUUUGCAACGUUGCAAUACACUGAGGCACAACGUUUGUCCCUAGCUACAUUUCGUCUGGAAUCUGCCGCGCACGAUUGGUGGAAGAAUGUGUCUGAGAAGUGGACACGAGAAAAUAAGAACAGGACUUGGGAGAAUUUCAUGAGAGAAUUCAAAACCCAAUACAUCUCACAAGCUGCAAGAGAAGCUAGAAGGGAUGAGUUUUACCAUCUGAAGCAAGGAUCACUAACUGUAGCACAAUACGAGUCCCAGUUUAAUCGGUUAUCCAAAUAUGCGCCAGGACUGGUUAGCACUGAAGAAGAUAAGUUGUAUAAAUUCACGAGAGGCUUGAGGCAUUCCUUGCAGCAGAGUCUUCUUACAGUAAGGAUGAACACCUAUGCUGAAGCUGUCGAGGCUGCCACCCGAAUUGAGAGUGGGAUGGCACGUCUACAACAAGUCCAAAAUAACAGAGGUGGGAAUUUUAAGAGGCCAGCACCAGGACCGUACUCUAAAACCCCUCAAAAAUUUCAGAAGCCUAAUGAAUCAAAAAAUACCCCCACUGGAAAGAAACCCUCCGUCAAGAAUCUGCCCCCACACUGUUCUCACUGCUCCAAGGUUGGGCAUACUCCCAAUGACUGCUGGCGGAAGUUGGGGAAAUGUCUGAGAUGUGGAAGCUCUCAACAUCAAAUUAAGGAUUGUCCAAAGAGCGGGGCUCCGACCGAUAAUCGAACUGCACCAAAAAAGCAUGGAAACAACCGUGCUAGGGUUCCAGCACGUGUGUUUGCUCUGGCAGGACAGGAAGCUCCAGAAGCAACUGAUGUGGUGGAAGGUACAUUUCUCGUAUCUAACCACUUUGCACGCGCAUUGAUAGACCCAGAAUCAUCUCAUUCAUUUGUUGCUCCUCGAUUUGCACAAAAACUGAAUGUGCCUAUUGAUUACUUAUCGAGUUGUUUCGAAGUAUCAACUCCUAUGGGUGCAAGCAGGUUAACUGAUGUGGUCUAUAACGCAUGUAAUGUGAUAAUUGGAAAUAGUUGCUUUCCUGCUAAUUUGAUUUCCUUGCAAAUACUUGAGUAUGACGUGACACUGGGUAUGGAUUGGCUAUCUAAACACUAUGCUCAGUUAGACUGUCAUUCUAAGAUAGUUAGAUUCUGUGUGCCUGAUAAGCCUGUGGUUGAGCUUUUAGGCAAAGCUAGGGUUAACUUAGCUCCAUGGAUAUCCGCUAUGAGGGCUAGGAUAGCAAUUUUAAAAGGUGCAGAGGGGUACUUAGCUUUCAUUAUCAACAAACCCAAAAACUCAUGGGCAGAGAAUGGGAGGCCUUGGAAGAAGUAA